AUGUCCUAUCGAAAACAACCUUCUGGGUCACAAAAAAGAAAACAGAAAAAUGAAAUAGGAUUAGCUGUAGAAGCACAGAAGGGUUCUAUACUUAAGUUUGUACAUCAUGAAAACAACGAAGUUGAUCAAGAUCAUCAUGUAACUUCCCAAGACAAUUUUUAUGCAGAUGAAGCUCAAGAAAUGCAAGAACACACAGAACAAUCAUUUGAAACAGAUGCAGACACAAAACAAGAAAUUAAAACAGUUGAAACUGUACUAGCAUGGGAUAUAGAUUACAUUGGCACAUGGCUGCAAUCUUUAAACAACGAAUACCGUGCCAUUAUACUUGAGAAAGGCCCUGUGAGAAUAAAAGGUCUUGAAUAUCCUAAAGACAUUAGAGGUAGGAAAUUCACAAAAAACAAUUACUACAAAAGACUUUCUAAUGGUGAAAUUGUCAACAGACGGUGGCUUGUAUUGCUGGAGUCAGAAAAGCAGCAUUGGCGUCGUGUUCUUGAACAUCUAUUAUCUAUUGUUGAAUACCUAUCAACAAACAAUCUUGCUUUUAGAGGAAGCAUUGAGAAAUUAUUCCAGCCCCAAAAUGGAAAUUUUUUGGGCCUUGUACAACUGCUGGGAAAAUUUGACACAGUGAUGAGUGAACAUCUCCGAAGAGUAACUGAAAAUGAAAUACAUGACCACUAUUUGGGACCAAGAAUUCAAAAUGAACUGAUCAUGCUAAUGAGUAAUAAAGUGAGAGACAAAAUUGUUUCAUUGGUUAUUUUGGCAAAAUAUUUUGCCGUAAUUCUAGAUUGCACUCCGGACAUAAGUCAUCAAGAACAGAUGUCAUUAAUAGUGAGAUUUGUCCACAUUAGUGAUUCAGCACAGAUUACAGUUAAGGAAUUGUUUAUCACAUUUUUAGAAGUACAAGACACUACAGGUUUUGGACUUCUUCAAACUCUCCUUGAUGAACUAAAACAAAUGGGAUUGUCCAUAAUGAACAUUCGAGGACAAGGCUAUGAUAAUGGCGCCAAUAUGAAAGGAUGCAUUUCUGGCAUGCAAGCUAGAUUGCUGAGAGAAAAUCCACGAGCCUUUUUUGUUCCAUGUGCAUGCCACAGCCUUAAUUUGAUAUUGUGUGAUAUGGCCAAGUCUUCUGUAGAAGCUAUAGCUUUUUUUGGUUUGCUGCAACGCAUUUAUGUGCUCUUUUCAGCUUCCACUCAACGAUGGCAAAUAUUCAAAGCACAUGUCAAUGGUAUUACCAUUAAGCCUCUAUCUGAGACACGCUGGGAAAGCAGAGUAGAAAGUGUAAAAACGUUGAGAUAUCAAUCUGAGGAAGUUUAUGAAGCAUUGGUUGCUAUUUCAGAAGAAGCCAGAGAUCCAAAAGCUAAAAGUGAAGCACAGUCAUUGGCCUCUGAAAUAUCCAGCUUCAAGUUUCUAACAUCUGUCGUAAUCUGGUAUGACAUUCUUGUUAAAAUCUCAAGUGUAAGCAAAUUUUUAGUGAAAUACAGAGAACAUGGAUUCAAAGAAGCACAGGUUACAGCAAGAGAGCUUGCACAGGCACUCGGUGUAGAACCAAAAUUUCCAUGUGCAAAUGGAAGUGUGAAAGCUUUGCACCGUGUUAAUACAGCUCUCAUCAAAGAGCCAGCUUUGCUUUUAAGAAGCAAACAGGUGUACCAGGAUUUUUGCCUGCGUCAGACUGUGCCCUGUGCUGUGUAA